AUGGGCGACAAACCCCAGAGCUGCCUCGUCCCUUAUGUGGACAUCGAUAAAGUGCCCGCCGAGUUGGCUGCUGCCAUUACUCGUCUACCUUACAGACGAAACAUCUUUUACCUGCUGGGUCACUCCCAUGGAGCAUUUCCCCCUCUGAUGAGCACGUAUGCCUCCUUUUUCGAUGGCAACAAGCGCACCUUGCCGCUGUUGGACUGGCAACUGGUUGUAUUACGCAUCUCGGCCACUCUAGAUGCUGAGUACGAGUGGGAGGUCAACAGCCCCGUGGCGCGAAUCAACGGUAUGCCUGAGAGCAAACUUGACGCACUGAGAGCGACCGCACGGAAAGGUCAGGCCGUGGUGGACGCAGAACAAGAGUUCUCAGUCCGCGAUAAAGCCAUCCUGGCGCUAGUAGACGAGCAACUUGACACGUACAACAACACCGAGGAAACCGUGGAACACGCAAAGACACUGCUCAGCGUCGAAGAGCUGGUGGAAGUUUACAUCGUAAUUGGCCUCUACGUACUCAUUGCACGCAUCACAAAGGGUCUUCGCAUCGACCUGGACGGGGAAAUUCCAGGUCUUGAAGAUAGCUUGAAGAAGGUAGUCACCGAGUGA